UUGUUAAUAGGAGAAAUGCCACAAGAAUUACGCAAGUUAAUGAAGUUGCGAGAGUUGAACUUAUCGCACAAUAAAUUGGUUGGUCCAAUUCCAUCUUCUUUUCAAUCAAUGGCAGGGUUAAUGUCAUUGGAUUUAUCUUAUAAUUAUUUGGAAGGUCUGAUUCCAGAGAGCCAUUUCUUUCAAGCAGCUCCCCUUCAAUGGUUUACCCACAAUAAAGGUUUAUGUGGCCAAGUGCAUGGUUUACCUCCGUGUUAUCAAUCUUGGUCAGCAAGUAAAGGUGAUGAAGAGAAACAACAUAAAAUCAUUAUCUUAAUUGUUUCUUUGAUAUGUGGCAUUUUACUUAUCUUAUUUUUGAUAAUUGGAAUAUGUGCAUUGCUUUAUUGUAAGAAAAAAAGAUCCACUGCGAAUGAUACAAGUGAAGAAUUUGAUGGGCAUUUCUUCUCCAUUUGGAGAGUUAGUCAUGGCAAGGAAACAUAUAAAGAGAUCAUCAGAGUAACAGAAAAUUUUGAUGAAAAGUAUCAGAUUGGCACUGGAGCUUGUAGUAUAGUCUAUAAAGCCACACUAUCAUCAAGAUUGACACUUGCUAUCAAGAAAAUUAAAAUAGAAGUCCAAAUGAAUGAGGAAGCUUUCCGAAAUGAAAUACAAGUAUUAACUGAAAUUCGGCAUCGGAAUAUUGUGAGGUUUUAUGGUUUCUGCUCUACAAAUGAAUUCAACUUUCUUGCAUAUGAGUAUAUGGAGAGAGGAAGCCUCGGUACCAAUCUAAGAUCUGAACAGGGAGCAAUGGAGUUGGAUUGGAUCAAGAGAGUCAGGAUUGUACGAGACAUUGCCCAAGCUUUAUCUUACUUGCAUCAUGAUUGUAAUCCAUCUAUUGUUCAUCGAGAUAUAACUAGCAACAACAUUCUUUUGAAUGAAGAGUACAAGGCUUGUGUUGCGGACUUUGGUAUUUCUCGAUUGCUAAAACCUAAUUCUUCACAUUGGAGUUUGCUUGCAGGCACAUAUGGGUACAUGGCACCAGAGCUUGCCUAUGUAAUGAGAGUGACUGAAAAAUGUGACGUAUAUAGUUUCGGAAUUGUAGCACUUGAAGUGAUACAUGGAACACAUCCUGGCGAUCUCCUAAGCAACAUAUCAUUGAGUAUGCUAGUGAAAGAUAUGCUAGAUUCACGUCUUCCCCUUCAUAAUACCGAUCAAGUGACCACAAACCAAGUGCUUUUGGUGAUUUUGAUAGCAAUGCAGUGCAUCAACACCAUUCCACAAGCUCGCCCUACAAUGCUAGAAGUAUCUCAAAGGUUGUCUUCUCCAAAGGCUUUGCCAACAUCUAACAACCAUUCUUAUCAGGCACUUACACUUAAUCACCUCGUAAAUAUUGUGUAAGUGCAUAUUGAUGAUCAAGCGCAUGAAUAAUGGGAACUUAGCUCAUAUUACUAAGCGUCCCAAACAUGGAUGUUGAAUCUUUGUGCUUCACCUUUACCAAUAAAAAGGCACAACCCUAGUUAUUCAAGGGAGGGUGAGCUGACCUUGAGUCUUAAAAGUAGUUCACUUUUGUGUUUGUUUGUCUUGGUCCUCCUUAGCUUUGUUAGUUUGUGAUAUUGUAAUGAGCUCUCCUUUUUAUCUCCAUUAUCUAGUUCUACUGUAAUUAACUCCCUUUUUAUUUUAUUAAAG